AUGGUUCACUUGUCAAAGGCAUCAGUACAUGAAUGGCAGCUGGAGCAGGAGUUUAGAGCAAAAAUUGAAGAGCUUGUGAUGAUGAAUUGUAUUUGGAGCGUUGAAGGAAACAUGUGGGAUUGCUUUUAUAGUGCAAAAAAUGUGAACUUGCAUGGAAGGAAGAAGGAGAUAUCAAGUAUACGCGAUGAAUUAGAUGCUAUUUCUAAAUCACUAUCUGUUUGUGACAAUGGACAGCUAUCUUCAGAGGGAUCCUUGGAAGUUGAAGAAGAGAGUGGUAACGGUAAUAAGGGUGCCGGUUCACACCCCAAGGUUUUGAACAAUCUUAAAUCAUCAUCAUCAUUACCAUCACCAAUAACAACAGCAACAACAUCAUCACCAUCAGCAUCAUCAUCUUCAUCUCUUUGCGAGGAAAAUGGUAUACAUGAUGAGUUAGAAACAAAUAUGGAAGAAGAUUUAGAUCCUGCCUUGCUUAAGCAUAUGAAGAAAGAAGAAUUGAUAAGCCAUUGUAAGAGUAAGAUUACUAAAUUGAAGAGAAACCAUGAGUUAGAAGUACAAGAUCUGACUGAGCAGCAUUUCGGCCACAUGAGGGAAGUGCUGAGAGAAAGGAGAUUCUCUUUAACAUUGGAGAAGAAUAAGGAGUUCGAUAUGUUGAGAAAGAGAAUCUCUGAGGUGGUUUCUAAAGUAGAUGAAAUUCUUGUAGAAAAGGAGGAAGUAGCUACAUUGCUUCCUCAUACAUUUGGCAGCAAUGAAGAAAGUCUCAGCAGUUUGAAAGAUGGAGUGGAAUCACUCCUCUCAGAAAACCACCAACUCAGAGAUUUGCUUGAAGAUAAGAAUGGACAAAUUAAGUGCCUUUCACUACAAGAUUCUGAAGCUGCAAAGAACCGGUCACAACACUCUCUGGCUGAGGCAAAGUUAUUGAAAACAGUUGGAAAUGUUAAAGCAGCUAUGGAAGAUGCGCAUAUUGAAGCUUUAAUUGGUGAAGAUUUAUUUUCUUGUAUUGUCAGGGAAGUGGUGGAUGAGAUUAAAUGCAUUGCUGAAGAGUCACAGGUGGAGAACAGUACUAAGCAUGAAAUUUACAAAAGCAAAUUCAAAGAAGCUUCUCAUGAAGCUGAACUUGCUACCAAACGUGAAUUGGAAGAUUUGGAUAUGGAGUCCAUCAUCACGCAAGAAGUAUGUGGUGUUAUAUUCAAAGAUGCUUUGAAGAAUGCAGAAGAGAAACUCAAUGAGCUGAACAUUAAAUAUAUUGAGGAAUAUGAUCAUCGGGUUUUGCAGGAGAUGGACAAACGAGAAAAGGAAAAACAAUUAGAAGUGGAGGUUGCAAACAAAGUGAGAUUACAGCAAGAAGUACAUUUUCUGGUAGAAGAAAAGGAGCAGUUGGCACGAGAUGCAGCAGCUGCAUUGGAAAUCGAAAAAGAAAUAUAUGAAUUAGCUGCUCAAGAGGUUGAAAAUUUAAGGGGUGAGACGUUUCAACAUCAGAAAUUGAUUUCAGAAAGCGUUGAAGAGUCAAAUGCUGCAAAGAGUGAUUUGGUUGAGGCGUUGGAGCAAAAUGAAAGACACAGGGCAGACAUUUGUGUGUUAGAACAAAAGCUUGAAGCAGUAAGGGGUGAGACGUUUCCACAUCAGAAAUUGAUUUCAGAAAGCGUUGAAGAGUCAAAUGCUGCAAAGCGUGAUUUGGUUGAGGCGUUGGAGCAAAAUGAAAGACACAGGGCAGACAUAUGUGUGUUAGAACAAAAGCUUGGAGCAGCAGUGAAAGAGUUGAGGCAAGCUGAGGAAGAUUUCUAUCAACAGAAGCAGAUUGCUGUAUCAUUGUUCGAAGCAAAAGAAAGGGAGCUUAGCGAGAAAUUUGAAUCAAUAGCUGUCUAUAUCCGUGAAUUAUUGAAAGCGUUCACUGAUUUUGAAUGUAGAGUGACACGAGAUAUUUCAGAGAAAUGUUCGAGGUUGAAAAGUUUGACUUCUCAAUCACAUUUGCUUAAACAAAAAGCUGACGUACUUGUAAGACGAGGAUUGCUGUACAAGCAAAGACUGGAAAAGAAAUGUUCUGACCUUGAGAAAGCUGAAACUGAGAUGGGUGUGCCCGGCCCAUAUUCUACUUCAUUUGGGUUAGGCACUUCUCCAUUUCCUUCCAAUACUGCAACCCAUGAUGAUUACGUCCCCUUCACUCCACAGCCGACUCUCUCUUCGCCUCACACCCCAACCUACUCCUCCAUCACCUCCCCUACCCCAAACCCCAUUUUACCACCAUCAUCUGAUGACCCUUGCCUCUCCCACCCACUGUGGUUCUCAGUAUUUCAUCUUACUCGGAGCGCCUGCGUUUAAAGAGAUCGGUGAUUGAGACUGUGGUUAAUGAGGAUCUGGAAUUCCAAACUCAUUCUAAACGUCCCCGGCGUUCUGCUCGAAUCGCUCCACCUGCUCAGAGUUCGCACCCUACUGCUUUUCCUCCUCAACAAGAAGAACUUGGAGACCCACCUGUUCCAAUUCAACAAGCAGAGCAUGGAGUUCCGCCCACUCCUCUGGUCCAUCGCACUCGACAACCCGGCGGUUCACGGGCUUCUACUUCGGCCCCCCGUGCUCGGGGUGGCCGAGGCCGCGGGUCUCGAGCACGCCAAGCAACGGUCACAGUGACAACCCCUGAAACUGUUGUUUCUGGAAUUGAGGUUGCUUCUAUUGAGGAUCUUCUUGCGACUCAACUUCGACUAUCUGAGAUCAUUCAGGCCCUACCCAUCAGCUUCCCCAGUUCCGGAGUUUAAUUACCUAGAGCAGAAUCCAAUCCCCAUCGGUGGCCCGAUACCCCCUCCUCUCUCUGAUGAAGAAAGUGCUUUACUUUGGGCCCAAAUGACUCAGCUGCUUCAAAACCAUUCCGGCUCAGUUUGCUAAUGGGGAUGUCCUCGAUGUUCCUCCUCUGCCGGCCCCCUCAUCUGUGAGUACUGCUCCCCCUCCAAUUGAUGACAACAAUUGUGUCUCCUAAUGAAAACGGUGUUGGUGACUGGCCGGAUACAGUCAGGGAGCCAAAAUGAGGUUUCUAUCGUGGAAUUGUCAGGGAUUAGGGCCAUCCUUGACAGGUAACUCUUUGCGCCCACCUCGUCAACCUGAAUGCGUGCUUCAGUCUUGGCAAACUGAGUUGAAGUAUGAUCACCUUUUUGUAGUGGCUCCCAUAAUACUGGUGGUGGUCUAGCUUUGUUUUGGAACAACUCGGUUCAAGUUUCUGUACUUGGUAGUUCUCAUAACUAUGUACAUACGUUUGUUACUUUUGUUCAAGAAGCAGUCUCUUGUACUAUAUAACUUGGAUGUAUGGGACUCCUCAUGUUAAUGAGAAAACAUCAUUUUGGCGUGCUGUGUAUACGCGUUUCUCUUCCUCUUCUUCACCAUGGUUGUGUUUAGGUGAUUUUAAUGAGAUCCUUUGGCACCAUGAGAAAUGGGGUGGCUCUCCUCAGCCUACCUGGCGUUCAACUUUAUUUGUUAUCAACAUCUGCAAGACCCUAACUAUCAGUGACCUCCUUUUACUUGGUUUUGUUAUCAACAUGGUCGAUUACUAAUGAAGGAGAGGCUUGACAGAUGUCUGGGCAAUUCAGAGUGGAACUUAGUUUUUCCCAAGUCUCAAGUUUUUCAUCUUCACCGGAUUGGGUCUGAUCAUAGACCUAUAUCACUGGAUUCUCAUCCUUCAGAGCAGCAUUCUCCUCGUCCUUUUCGAUUUGAACAGAUGUGGGUUACUAAGACUGGAUGUGCUAAUGUCAUUUGAAAUAGUUGGUCCUAUUUUCCGGGACCUUCCUCCGCUUCUACUUGGGAACGAAACCUUGUCACUUGGCAGAAAACUCUCUCCAUUUGGUCGAAACAGUUUUUCCCUCAUACUAAGGUUCAAGGAUUCUUUAAAAUCUGAGUUACAUUCUCAUGGUGAGAUGAAUUGAAACACUCUGUCUCCAUGCGUCCAAACUCUCUCUUUUUCUGAACACUUUUGCUUUCAUUUUACAACAAGUUACAUUCUCUUCAGCAAAGUAACCUUCCGGACUCUGUUUCUCAAAUUACUCGGGUCACUAAUCAAAUUGCUGAAUUAUGGAAGCUAGAAGAGAUGUUUUGGCAACAGUGCUCCCGUAUUAAGUGGUUAUCUUUGGGUGAUCAGAACACAGCUUUUUUUCAUCAAUCAACUCUUCAGCGGCGCCAAUAUAAUUAGAUUCUCCGUUUGAAAAACUGCAAUGGUCAUUGGUUAGAUACAGAAUCUGCAAUUCUUUCUCAUUUGGGUCAAUAUUUUCAGAGUGUCUUUACAUCUGAAGGUUGUUCUAAUAUGGUUGAAGCUCUGCAAUUUGUGGAUCCUAUUGUUACUCCAGACAUGAAUUUGAGCCUUCUGCAACCUAUUGAUAUUUCAGAAGUUCGAGCUGCUGUUUUUGAUUUGGGAGGCUUAAAGCCCCCUGGCCUUGAUGGUUUCUCCGGUGUGUUUUAUCAGCGUUAGUGGGACAUUCUGAAUAAGGUUAUUGCUGAUUCCAUUUCCGACUCAUUCUCCUCUUGUUCGGUUCUUGCAUCUAUGAACCGUACACACAUUGCCCUCAUUCCUAAAACGACAUCACCAACUGUAGCCUCUGAUUUUCGUCCUAUUGGGUUGUGUAAUUUUUCCUACAAGAUUCUGUCCAAAAUUUUGGCUAAUAGGUUAAAACCUUUAUGCCGGAAUUGAUCACAGAGAAUCAAUCUGCUUUUGCUGGAGGUCGACAGAUUCAGGAUAACCUUAUAGUGGCUCAUGAACUCUUCCAUCAUUUGAAACUCCAACGUUCUGGGUCUGAUGGUGCCUUUGCAAUGAAGCUAGAUGUGUCAAGAGCUUAUGAUCGUAUUGAGUGGCCUUUUCUUGAGGCUGUUCUUUUGAGAAUGGGUUUUGCUGCUCAUUGGGUACGGUUAAUUAUGAAUUGUGUUCGUUCAGUAUCACUAUCGGUUUUGGUUAAUGGUAAACCAGGACCAUUCUUUACUCCAUCCAGAGGCAUACGUCAGGGAGAUCCUCUAUCUCCUUAUUUAUUUCUCUUGGUGAAUGAUGUUCUUUCCCUCAUGAUCAGAAAGGUUUGCCAGAAUGAUUUGCUUCAUGCCGUUUGUAUUGGCACAGCUGGCCCUCUUGUUAGUCAUUUGUUCUUUGCAGAUGAUUCGAUUUUUUUUUUUUUUUUUUUUUUUGAAAGGGGUUUGGAACCCAGCCUAGCUGGAAGACUCAGCCCCACGCCCAGUUCUAUUUAUUGAAGUAAUACUUUGCAACGGGGGGGGGACAUAAAACCUGAACCCCGUGUAACAUUAGAAACAUUAGAAACAUCCUCAUAGAGAACAUCCCGAAUAAUAACAGGAGUUUCAGCAGAUGAUUCGAUUUUCUUUCUCAA